AUGGCUGAUCUGUUGUCAGCAAGGUCAAAGCGUGUGCACAUUGUGCGACGCAUGAGCAUGGAAACGUACAUGGUACGUAUAUAUCCAGGGUCACUCACUUACGAAUGUGAGUUCACUUCCAUAGAGGCAGAGAAAACAACAUCAGCAGUUGAAAUCGUUGCGGUAGCAGUAAAUAAGUUACGUCUCGGAAGUUCAGAUAACUAUGAAUUAGCUGAAGUUUUGUCAACUGGUGGGCAGUUAUGUAAAGAAAGGCGACUUGAACCUUCAGAAAAUCCUGUUCGUAUUCAGCUGUUGUGGCCAAAAAUCAUAAACGCAGAAAUGGAACGCGGCUCUGGAUUAACUGGUUACAGGUUCUACUUGCGGAAAAAAGAUCCUGACAACCAUACUAGAACUUCGUCUUGGCAAGAUUACCAUGACAUAACAAGUCCUGCAGAUACCUUUCUCACUAGCUUUUUACAGUCGCCAACGAACAACAAGGAAUACCCAGACCUAUGUAAUUUACCUGAUCUGAACGAACGAACACUUCUAGACAACAUCAAAUCAAGAUAUCACAACUCCAAUAUUUAUACGUAUGUUGGGUCUAUACUUAUUGCUGUUAAUCCAUUCAAGUUCUUUCCCAUUUACAACCCAAAGUAUGUGAAAAUGUAUCAAAAUAAACGUUUAGGGGAACUACCACCACAUAUAUUUGCAAUAGCCGAUGCAGCAUUCUACACAAUGUUGAGGACAAAGAAAAAUCAGUGCAUAGUGAUUUCUGGAGAGUCAGGAUCCGGAAAGACAGAGAGUACAAACCUUCUGUUGCAUCACCUGACUGCCCUCAGUCAGAAGGGGGCACACGGCAGUGGAGUGGAACAGACAAUACUUGGCGCAGGCCCAGUUUUAGAGGCAUUUGGUAAUGCUAAGACAGUUCACAACAACAACUCAAGUCGUUUUGGAAAAUUUAUCCAAGUAAACUACAAAGAGAAUGGCAUGGUACAUGGUGCCAUUGUGGAAAAAUAUCUGCUUGAGAAAUCCAGGAUUGUCCAUCAAGCAAGAAAUGAAAGAAACUACCAUGUGUUUUAUUACCUGUUGGCUGGAGCGGAUGAACAGGAACGAGAGUCCCUACAUCUCAGGAAACCAGAGGAGUACCAUUACCUCCGACAGAGUGGAUGUUACCAUACAGAAGGUGUGGAUGAAGCUCAUGAGUUUGCCAGGCUGAAGCAGUCACUUGAAAUGGUGGGAUUCUCUCACUUGACACAAAGAAGAAUAUUUUGUGUGUUGUCAGCAGUGCUACAGCUUGGAAAUAUGGAAUUCAAAAAGAAAGGAGAUCAGCACCAUGAUGAAUCAGUUACCAUUAAGGACGAAACAACAGUACAGAUCAUCUCUAGUUUACUAAAGGUGAAAGAGAAAACAUUGACAGAAACUCUGACACAAAAGAAAACAACAGCAGGAGGGGAAACUGUGGUCAUCAACUACAAAAUGGUGGAUGCUCUAGCUAAUAGAGAUACCAUGGCUAAGUGCCUAUAUGGUGCUCUGUUUGACUGGAUUGUCCUUAAGGUGAAUCAGGCCCUGCUAGCCAAGCGACACAACAGUGAUCAUCAGGGAAAUUCGAUAGGUGUGUUGGAUAUAUUUGGUUUUGAGGAUUUCAAGAAGAACAGUUUUGAACAAUUCUGUAUUAACUAUGCUAACGAGCACCUACAGUAUUACUUCAAUCAGCACAUCUUUAAGUUUGAGCAGGAGGAAUACAAGAAGGAGGGGAUCCAGUGGAAGAACAUUGAGUUUAUUGACAAUACAGGCUGUCUGGAAUUGUUUGCUAACAAGAGUAAUGGUUUGUUGUGUCUCCUGGACGACGAAUGCAACUUUCCGGGUGCCACCAAUGAGACACUUCUGGCAAAUUUCAAUCAUCAUCACAAAGGCCGACCGUACUAUCAGGUUCCUCAGCUGAAGGAAGGGGCAUUUGAGAUCAUGCACUACGCUGGCAAAGUCAAAUACCAAGUAAAGGAUUUCAGAGAGAAAAAUGGUGACCAGAUUAGAAUGGACAUUGUCAGUGUCCUGAAGAGUAGUAACCUCACAUUUGUCAGGGAACUGAUGGGAAUUGACCCAGUGGCUGUGCUGAGAUGGUCUAUAGUGAAGACCCUCGUCAAAAGUGUGUUUGCCUUUAUCGCAGAAGGCAAAAAAUUCAGAAGCAGGGGAGGCCAGAAAUCCAGUGCAUCUAUGAAGAAUCGGCGCCACUCCGACUACAUAAUGCCAGAAGCCUUGGCUGCCAGUGAAAACCUUCUCAAUGAGAGUUACCACCGUCACCAAGCCUUCUCUGGGCAGCGGUCUCUUUCCCCCCUGCAUGAACACCAAUAUUUUGCAUGUACUGUUGACACAUUUGAGGAUGGAUGUUCUGAUGAUGAUGCUGACGAUGACAUCUUCAUCCGAUCUUUGGAUUAUGUCACUGAUGAAAAAGGCGACCUUGUCUUGACGAGUCCUGUGGAACUUUACUUACCUGAAUCUGCCAAACUCAUCCGCCGCUCAACAAAAAUCAUUCUGAAAAACAAGUCAUUCCGGCCAAAGCCCAAACCACCUACAAUGCUGAGGGACAUAAAGACACUGAAGCAGAUAGCCAAUCGUACUAUCUAUGGGCGAGGCAGCAGGGACGGCAAUAGAAAAGCGAUGGCUAGUGUCAGCGCUCAGUUUACGUGGUCUUUACAUCGUCUGAUGGCUACGCUGAACCAGGCAAAUCCGUUCUUUAUCCGGUGUAUAAAGUCAAACCCAGACAAGGCACCCUGUGUGUUUGAUGAUGCCAUGGUACUACGACAGCUCAGGUACACUGGAAUGUUAGCUACUGUAAAGAUCAGACAGUCUGGAUACAAUUACAGGCUCACAUUUGAUGAAUUCAUCCAGAUGUAUAAAAUAUUAUUGCCAAAAGGCCUGCUUAGUUCCAAGGAAGAUGUGAAGGCUUUUCUGGAAGACAGACAUCUGAACAGUGAACACUACCAAAUAGGCAUUACUAAGGUGUUUUUGCGAGAGAGUGAGAAGAUGAGGUUGGAUGAGACGCUUCAUGGGGCAAUCAUGCAGCGUGUGGUGAAAAUACAGAGGUGGUUCAAAACCAUCCUGGAGCGACAGACAUUCCUAAAGAUGAGGGCGGCAUGUAUUGUUAUACAGAUCUGUUCCCGCCGGUUCAUUGCUCUGAGGCGGUUGAGACGGAUACGUCUGGAAAAAGAGGCAGCAAUUGUCAUACAGAAAUGUUAUAGAUGCUGGCAAGAGAGACGACGCUACCUCAUCAUUGUCCAUAGUAUAACUGUGAUACAGAGCCUGGCGAGGGCAUUCACGGCCAGGAAGCAGUAUAAAAAGCUGCUGGCUGAUGCAGAGUUGAGACGUCGAGAGGAAGAGGAAAAAUUGAAAAAGAAGCAACAGGAAGACUUACACUCCUCAAACAGUGACGAGGGCAUUCUUACAAAAGGCUCAAGUGCAGAAGAGUUGGAUGAGAAAGACUACCCAACUAUACAGCUACAAAGUCGUGACUCAGAUGAGAGCAGUGGUAUUCAUGAGGCUGAUGAGUCUGACUCAGAGACACUGGCAGAGGACAAUAGAAAGGGGUCAGUGGUCACUUUGCCAACAACACCAACCACACCCAACCAGGAAGUGGUGGUGAGGCCAAUGGGAAAAACUGUGGAGGAUGAGUACCUACAUAACACCCACUCCUCUUCAAGAGUUUCAGACCUUGCCAAAGCAUUCCAGACAGAGGGGGAGACGAAAUCGGAUCGUCCUCUCAGGCCGUCAAUUGUGGUAGAGAGAGAAUACCAACAGAAAAGACGCCCAAAAAACUCUCCAGCUCCUCUCGCAAAACAAGAGUCAUUUUCUGAUCUGGAGUCUUCGCCCACUAGCCCAGAAAACACUGUGAUAUCCCGAGAAAAGCUCCAAGAUAUAGAUGACUGUCUGAAGAAAAAUAAAGACAAGCAGGAAGCUCCCUCACAACCACUCUCCCCAACCAGCGACUUUUCCAAGAACAAAAGUCCCUUCCGAAGGGCACGCAGACAGUUCAAGAACAUCAUGGGAGAUUUGAAGGAGUCCAAUAAGAGUUGCAAUGCUUAUCACCUAAUGCGCCAUAGACCAUCAUUACGAUUCCUCCAUAGGGAGAAGUCAAACAAAAAAGGAAAGAAAGACUCACAGGACGACAGCGAUGAAGAGGAAGUUUUACAUCAUGGCCCAGAUUUCCAUACGAGAAUUGGUGUGCCAGUUUUACCAGUAGGAGAUUUGUCUGUCCCUAAGUCUCCAACAGCCAGGAAAGGAUCAGUACAAGGAUCUCAGGAGGAUCUUACCUCUGUAUCUAGUAGUGAUAGACCUGACCGUAAAGGUAGAAAGAAACGACAGGACAGAAAGCCUGUUGAACUGGAGAAGAAGUCCGCAUCACCACAGAGAAACGAAUGGACCCUAGCUGGAACCUCCCUUUGGCAGUACCCUGAAGAUCUUGGUCUCAAAGAUAUCUCUGAGAUUUCACAGCUUGACGAAUUCAUUCAUAAAAAACUUUUAGCUUAUAAUAAAGAUUGUUCCAGAAGAGACACAAUAUUUGAUGCUGUAUUUAAACGAUCACUGAAGGAGUUUCACAUAGACAUGCAAGCUCUUAUAUCUGUGGAGAAAAAGAAAAUAGAAGUACAUGUCCCAUAUCGUGACAUCUUUGCUAAGUUUGUCCACACAUUGGAAGCUGAAGUGACAGCUGAAGGUACAAAUGCUUCAUUCCCAGUCACAAUGGGAAUCAAUGCUUUCCGUGGUUUCCUGGACGAAUUCAUCAAAAAUCAUAAGAAAGAAAAGAAAAAGGAAGACAGGAAAACAGAAAGUAGGGCACAGAAACGGGAGCACAAGAAAAAAGAUGUUGUGGAAUACCAGGGACACAAAUUUAGCCAGGUGCAGUUUGGUAUACCAACAUUUUGUGAGUUCUGCAGUAAUAUCAUCUGGAUCAUGGAGAAGGGAAGCGUUUGUCAAGUCUGUAAAUAUACCUGUCAUCGAAAGUGUGUGACAAAAUCAAGCAAUACAUGUAAAGGUGCUCAUGACACACAGACCGACAUCAUUGAAUCAUCUACCACAAAAGUUGCUACAGGACACAGGGUGCAGUCCCUUGUCCUGCGCCUCAACCUUAUGGCCGAGGCUGGUACAUCCAGGUGUGUUUUUGGUGCUCCACUAGCUAGUCUUGUCUCAGAAAAAGACAAAAUACCUGUGAUAAUAGGGAAACUCAUAAACCUGGUAGAACUGCACGGCCUGUAUACUGUAGGAGUAUACCGUAAGAGUGGAGCCAAUGCCAAGGUCAAACUUCUCAAGCAGAAUCUUGACAGUGGAAAAGAAGACCUAACAGAUAUAGAUCUUGUGGAGUUCAAUAUUCAUACCUUGGCCUCCACCUUGAAGAAGUAUUUUGUAGAGCUGCCUGAACCUCUCCUGACCUUUGACCUCUAUGAUGAUUUCAUCAGAACAACAGAUAUUCUGGAUGAGAAGGAAAGGAUCCAGUCACUGUAUGCUGUUAUAGACAAACUACCCAAGGUCAACUUUGACCUGUUUGAAAGAUUGAUCUUUCACCUGGCCAGGAUUGCACACCAUGAGGCCUUCAAUAAAAUGUCUGUUUCUGGACUGUCCAUUAUAUUUGCACCCUGUCUACUGAGGACAAGCAAAAACCUACAGGCACAGGACUCACUUAGUCAGGUUCCUAGACAGACAAAAGUGAUAAACCAUAUCAUACAAGAACAACUAUAUAAGUUAAAAUCCACUCUGGAAGACAUCAGUACACUGGAAACUGCUGCAGAGACUGCCACAGACCGGCUCAAUGUUGUCAGAGCCAGCAUGAGGAAGAGUCCUAUAGAGGAGAGAAAGCGAGUGUCUGGAGCCUCAGUUACCAGUGGGGAGUCCUUAGACGGGAUAACACAUGCAGAAGAGAUGGCACUACGCUCGCAUAUCAGGUCCAUCAAAAAGGAAAAAGAAAACUUAACAACCAAUUUACCAAAUUUGGAGUGUCGACACCUGAGUUCUGAUGAUGAGGUUUUGAGUACAGAUGACAUGGACAGUACUUAUGACACAGCCGACGACUUUGAAGACCAGGAGGAGUAUGCCCUUACCUUUGAACUACCAGUCAGUCCCCCAACACAGUUGAACCACUUGACAAAGCAGCGAGCCACACUUCCACCAAGACGGCCACCAACACGUUACAGCAGGGCUGUGAAAAGGCGAAGACAUUCUGAGAAUUCUUACAAUAAUAAAGAAGAGAUGGGAGAACCAAGUACUAAUGACCCUGCAUCCCCAGGAAACUAUGAUGCAGUUUUCUUAGUGGGGCAAGGGCGCAUUCCUUCUUAUGACUCCAGCUUUCUUUCAGUCCCAGGGCUACACAAUAUAGGCGAAGAGGACGAAAUCAUGGUGUGACUUUUGUGUUAGUUUGGAUAUGUCUGUCUUACAUUCUACUUUCACUGAAUUUAACUCACAAUUUAUCUUUUUUGGAAACACUUUAAUAUAUUACUGAGAUAAUUCUAUUGAAAAUAUUAAUUUUCUGUGAAAAUGAAAAUUCAAUUUAUGAACAAACUGGGAUUCAAAAAGGAAUCUUUUGCAAGAAAUCUAUAGUGACCUGCGUCAUUAAUUAGUGAGGAUGUGUACAGAAGUAAAUACACACAAGUUUAGAACUAAAAGAUACCCACCAAUGUAAUGUGUUACAUAAUGCUAUCUGAUUAAUAUUCUUGGUGUUGUGCCUGCAGUGCUAUUGUGUGGUCACUGUUGGUGUAAGCAGCAACACUAUGAUGGCAUGCCGUACACACAAAUUUACAAAUGUUAUUUUUGGGUGGUUUUUGGCCUGUUUGUAUUCUGAGCUAGAAGUUAGUUGCAAUAUCAUGACAAAGAUUGUACUUUCCAUUGUUCAGCUAAAUGUUUUCUAGUUCAGAUAACAGUGUUCAGUUUGUCAACCUUAUUCAGAAAUUGGAUAAUAGUUUGUAUUUUUUUCCAUACUUGUUUUACAUGAAAAUAUUCAUUGUACCAGCUUUUGUGAUCAUGUGCUGGAGUAAGAUUUUGUGUUGGGGCCGUCCUGCAGUCUAUGUGGUUCGAACAAGUGCAAUACUGUAUGUUCAUAUUGACCGAUACUUGCUAUAUACUGUAUAGACAGACAUACAGUGAAGACGGGUUUUUAUUGCCAAAUCUGCUCCAGACGAGACUGUAGAUAAGUUUUUUCUACUUGUUUAUUAUCUUCAGCUUAGGUGUAGCACCAUAGAUAUUGUAGGUAUAAACCUGACAAUAUUUUUGUCUUUCUGGUAAACCAUUAAUCUAGUCAGCUCCCACCACUGGAGAGUUACUUCUGUGAUUGGUAGGUUUAAUAGUUAUACACUAGCAGUAGGUAAUUUAUACAGAUACACUAUCAUUUCCAUAUAUACAAUGAGGUGGUAAGGCUUUAAAUGAGACUUGUGUAAUUUCAUAGAAAGAUAGAUAGAACAUCCAGCAAAUUGGAUAUGAAAAGAUUACAGUUUGCCCAUGACUAUAGCACCAUGAUGGUGUUUUGGUAUAUUAGACAAUGGUUGGCCCAUGACUAUAGCACCAUGAUGGUGUUUUGGUACAGUAGACAAUGGUUGGCCCGUGACUAUAGCACCAUGAUGGUGUUUUGGUACAGUAGACAAUGGUUGGCUUGUGACUAUAGCACCAUGAUGGUGUUUUGGUACAGUAGACAAUGGUUGGCUUGUGACAAUAGCACCAUGAUGGUGUUUUGGUACAGAAGACAAUGGUUUGCCCAUGACUAUAGCACCAUGAUGGUGUUUUGGUACAGUAGACUAUGGUUGGCUUGUGACUAUAGCACCAUGAUGGUGUUUUGGUACAGUAGACAAUGGUUUGCCCAUGACUAUAGCACCAUGAUGGUGUUUUGGUACAGUAGACUAUGGUUGGCUUGUGACUAUAGCACCAUGAUGGUGUUUUGGUACAGUAGACAAUGGUUGGCCCAUGACUAUAGCACCAUGAUGGUGUUUUGGUACAGUAGACAAUGUUGACCAGUGACUGUGAUGCUGUUUUGGUACAGUAGACAAUGGUUGACCUGUGACUGUGAUGCUGUUUUGGUACAGUAGACAAUGUUGACCAGUGACUGUGAUGCUGUUUUGGUACAGUAGACAACAGUUGACCAGUGACUUUGAUGCUGUUUUGGUACAGUAGACAACGGUUGACCAGUGACUGUGAUGCUGUUUUGGUACAGUAGACAAUGGUUGACCAGUGACUGUGAUGCUGUUUUGGUACAGUAGACAACGGUUGACCAGUGACUGUGAUGUUCUUUUGGUACAGUAGACAACGGUUGACCAGUGACUGUGAUGCUGUUUUGGUACAGUAGACAACGGUUGACCAGUGACUGUGAUGCUGUUUUGGUACAGUAGACAAUGGUUGACCAGUGACUGUGAUGCUGUUUUGGUACAGUAGACAACGGUUGACCAGUGACUGUGAUGCUGUUGUGGUAAAGUAGACAACAGUUGACCAGUGACUGAUGCUGUUAAAUUAUUGACUGGACAGUGAUGUGGACACUUGUAACAUUCCAGGCUCUCUAUAAUAUUGAUGUACAUUAUGUAUCUGAUCAUAUAUUUAGCCCCAGUCAUGACAUUAUACUGUGUAUUAUCCUUACAUGUCUAAUGUCUGUAUGCUCACUUGUCAAACAAAUUGGCACAAAUCAAAAAACUUUGCAAUAAUUACCUGUGGUAGUUUGUUUUUAUUUGUGUUGACUAUUGACUUUGUAGAUCAUGAGAAAUAUUCAGAUCAGCAGAACCACUUGAGAAUAAAUCCUACUCUUGUGAAUGUUAUUGCUUAAUUGGUGUUUGAUGUAUGUACGUCAAUUUAGGAUUUCAAAAGAGUGUCAAAAUAGAAAAAAAUCUGUCAGGAAUGAUGUUUUGGUUAGUUUUUGACCUAUAUAUUAUCUUCAAAUUUCCAAACAAAGGAGAACUGACAGUAUAAGCAAUAGUCGUGCUGCUACUUCUCAGAUAUAUGCAAAUAUCAUUCAAUAUAUAUGUUAUAUAGUAGUUGUUUGUAAAAAAUCUGUGAUAUUCAACUAUUAAUAUGUACUUUGUGCCUUUUAAUUUUGUGUGUAGCUACAACAGAUAGUUUGAAAGCGAUACUUUUUGUUUUGAAAUAUGUUUGUUACAUUCUGAUAUAGACAUCGUUUUGUUACAUUUCAGAUUAGGUGGUAUAGUGCUGUUUAUAUUUAUUUUCAUAAUUGUGCAAUGCUUAUGGAUGCAAAAUGGUAAUGCUAGUUUUAACUGCUCCUAAUGUUUAAUAUAAUCAUAACUUUUGAAGUCAAUAUUUUAAUAUUACCCUGUACUUAUUUUUAUUAACUUUUAUUUAUUUGAGUUUGUUAUACACAGAUUAGUAUUGGUCAGUCAUUUUGGUUAGAGAUUAAGCCAAAGCAGUUUUAUGACCCUAUGAAAUAGGUUUGAAUGAUAGUAUCAAGUUUGAUGUUAUCCAUGGUGAAUACUACAUCAAUGAUUGCCACAGUAUCAUAUUAGAUUUAACAGUUUUUGUAUCACCUACUGCCAUAUACCAGCAAUAUAUAUAUUACACAAGAGGUUUCAUUGAAAAUUUCAUUUGCGACAUAUGGCUGUAUAAUUUGUAAUAUAUAAAACAUAUAUGUUACCUCUUACCAAGAUUCUCAAACACCUCUGAUAACUUUUCUUGAGACUGUAACUGUCACUAAAUGUCUAUGCUUAUUGAUGUACACUUUAUAUGGAAGACCGAAUAUGUACUUAUUGAGGUGUUGUAUAGGGUGUAGAAUGACAGUUGUGCCAUAACGGAUAGAAAUCCAGCUGUGAGGUACUUGUUAAUGUAGAGUGUUAGUGUAGACAAAUAUCAGUGUUAGUGUAGACAAAUAUCAGUGUACCAGUAGUAUCAUAGAAAUAAUGAUAUCGUAAUAGUCGUUGUUAUAGUGUCAUCAUAUUACUCUAGUAUUUUAUUAUUGUAAUAAUAUUAGAACCCUGUUAUGAUAUUACUGUAAUAUUCUAGUAUUACUAGACCUGUGUAAUAAUAUCACUACAUUAGUGCUAUGUUGUUAAAGUUUUCUAGCACUGUUACUGGAAUGUUACAUAAGUUUUAUAAUAUUACAGUCAACUGUGGUAUUCCUGUACUGCUACUGGAAUAAUACCUUAGUGUUAUAAUAUUACAAUGGUAUUCUUGAACAGUCUGGAAUAUUACAUAAGUGUUAUGAUAUUAGAAUGGUAUUCUUAUACAGUCUGAGGAAUAUUACAGAAGUGUUAUGAUAUUACAAUGGUAUUCUUGAACAGUCUGGAAUAUUACACAAGUGUUAUAAUAUUACAAUGGUAUUCUUGUACAGUAUCUGGAAUAAUACCUUAGUGUUAUAAAUAUUAAAUAAGUGUUAACAAUAAGUAUUACAAUGGUAUUCUUGUACAGUAUCUGGAAUAAUACCUUAGUGUUAUA